AUGCAAAGGUAUGUGCCCGGGCGCGCGCAGCGACAUGAGAAGUGCGAUGACCAGCAACCCCGUUGUAGUAGAUGCGAGAAGCGCAACGUCGAGUGCUUCCGUCCUGAGCGACGACCUUCCUUCCGCCAGGGUUCUACUGCCAACUAUGACGGGGCUUUCUCCCGGGAGCAGCGCUGGGUGAACAGUCGGCCUCGAGCUUUCCGAUUCGACAGUCGAGCCCCGAACAGCACUCCUACGCCGACUCAGGAGAAGGACAUCAGCAACGACUCUCCUGCCAGUCAUGAGCCAUCAUUGCCAGAUACUCGGGUUGCUGCGAGUGCCAUCUUACACGAAACUAGUCGAAAUCUUUCCGAGGCACCGGCGCUCGUGAACCAUGAUAGGGGGGUCGAAGACACUCUACCACCAAUACCGACGCCUACUAAACGUCGAAGAACCGAGCCUGCGCCGCAAGAUGGUGGACACUUUUUUCCUGCUUCGCCAGCUGGGUCAGGAGCAUCAGGGGCCUCUCCCUGGUCAAACACAGCUUUGUCAACUGGGAGAGUGCGAUUGAGAGAAGACGAAAUAUCAAUUCACAGUCCUCAUGCCGUACCUCAAAGCGUCGACCACUUUUCUCCUUCCGCCGGAAGUUACCACACCACGACCCAAGACCAUGAUCUCGUAGGGAAUAUACCAAAUGCUCCACUACCCGAGGGCAUCCAAGAAGCUUGCCUACUGCGGUACUUCGUAGAAGAGCUAUCUCCAUGGGUUACGUGCCACACAAUUGCAACGUUCGACCUCUGCGACGAAGAGAGGCACUUCCAGCUCGUCGUUGUGAGGCGCGCACGCUCGUGCCAACCUCUACGCGACGCCAUCUUCGCCGUCGCAGCGCGCCAUUUAUGUCGACAUCCCAAGUUCCGGUCAGAGCCAGGGGGCGGUGGCGUCGUUGUCUACCAGCGCCAGCUUCUUCCUGACCUGACGCCGCAAAGUGCCUUCGAGUAUAUGCUCCGCUGCAUACCCGCCCUGCACGAGGUCUCAAGCACGCAGGACGAGGAGUACCGCGAGAACCUGGCUGCCGCAGCGCUCAUUCUUCGUCAGUUUGAGGAGAUGGAUCCCGAAGAAUCUCAAAGCGCGCCGAAUUCAGAUUUUGGGACCGCGAACGGGGACGGGAAUGAGACAAGUUAUGGCAAUGCGAAUAGCAAUGUCAACUUUAUCGAUAUCACAAAGGCAAUUUUGAGGGCCGCUCCGUCAUCGCGAUGGUCUGGACUUUUGAGCGCCGUGUACUGGGUGGCGGUGAGGCAGGAGAUUUACUUUGCGCUCACGCUGGGGCGAUCGCCCCAGAUCACGGCAAGGCCGGACCAGGGCCGUGAAGUGUCGUUUGCUAAUCGGUUGAUAUGGUUUAUGUCGGAGGUGGCCAAGUGGAAGAUGGGAGACAGGAUCGAAGGGGAGUGGGGUAAGUCUUUCACUUGUGCUUUCCUGAGAGACCCCAAAACGUCUGGGGCCGAGCUUUACUCCAUUACGAUGACUGACAUAUACCGUCCAGAGAGACUGAGGGUUGAAGAGGGCAUCCUUGCAGUCGAAUGUGCGCGGCAGUUUAUACCCAUAAUGCAGAGGCCAGCGGACAGGUCUCAAGGCGAAAUAUUUCCCUUGGUCUGGUACGGUUCCGAUGUGGAAGUUACUGCGCUACAGCAUUUUAUCUUGGCAAGGAUGAUUCUCCUAGCCGAAGAUCCUAGUCUACAGUAUGCAGACGCUUCCCUGCCUCUCAAAAUAGAUAGCUACUUUACACUACGCUUCUAUGAAUCCUUCAUGCUUUUUGAGGAUUAUGCUGACAACUUUGGGCUUCCAGUGGACAAGUCUCCAACCGGCGAGCACAUCGAGAGGCCGAACAUCAAGUCCGAGAAAUGA